CGGUCGCUGCGAAACAGAUGCCCGUGUGUCUGGAGCGCUUAUUCCGCUGGAUGUUACUGAUCCACGCCAGGCUGUAUCCCUUCAUUCGCUCAGAAAUACAUCGGGUUACGGAUUUAAAUUAGGAUUGAGAUAGAAUAUCAGUUUAUGCCUUCUAAUAUUCGGCUUAAAACUGGACCUAUUUGUAAAUACAGCAUAUUAAACCCCUCAUUAUAAAGCACACAUCUGUGUCUGGAGCGCGUUCUCAUCACACCGUUUCAUUAUUCUGCUUUUAUCUGCAGAUAUGGACGAAGAUAACCAAGUCCCCGAAGAUCUGUCCUUAGAGGAGAGAGAUGAGCUCUCCAACAUACGGCGCAGGAAAAAAGAACUGCUUGAUGAUAUUGAGCGGCUGAAGUUUGAGAUCGCUGAAGUGAUGACAGAAAUCGAGCAGCUCACGUGUGUGGGCGAGAGCAAAACAACACAGAGAAACAAACAGAUUGCAAUGGGAAGAAAGAAAUUCAACAUGGACCCCAAAAAAGGGAUCCAGUUUCUGCUGGAGAACGACCUCCUGCAACAGACCCCUGAAGACAUCGCUCAGUUCCUCUAUAAAGGCGAAGGCUUGAACAAAACUGUUAUCGGGGAUUACUUGGGGGAACGGGAUGAUUUCAACAUCAAAGUGCUCCAGGCUUUCGUAGAGCUCCAUGAAUUUGCCGACCUCAACCUCGUUCAGGCUCUGAGGCAGUUUCUCUGGAGCUUCAGACUUCCUGGUGAGGCCCAGAAGAUCGACAGAAUGAUGGAAGCGUUUGCGUCCCGGUACUGCCAGUGCAACCCCGGCGUCUUUCAGUCCACAGACACAUGUUACGUCCUGUCCUUUGCCAUUAUUAUGUUAAACACCAGUCUUCACAAUCCCAACGUCCGGGACAAACCCGCCGUAGAGCGUUUCAUCUCCAUGAACAGAGGCAUUAAUGACGGAGGAGACCUGCCAGAGGAGCUGCUCCGGAACCUGUACGAGAGCAUCAAGAGCGAGCCCUUCAAAAUCCCUGAAGAUGAUGGCAACGACCUCACACACACGUUCUUCAACCCGGACCGAGAGGGCUGGCUGCUCAAGUUAGGUGGACGUGUAAAAACUUGGAAGAGGAGAUGGUUUAUUCUGACCGACAACUGCCUGUACUAUUUUGAGUACACAACAGACAAGGAACCACGUGGAAUUAUUCCUCUGGAGAACCUCAGUAUCAGAGAGGUGGAGGAGCCCCGGAAACCUAACUGCUUCGAGUUGUACAAUCCCAACCAUAAAGGGCAGGUGAUCAAGGCGUGUAAGACAGAGGCAGAUGGGAGGGUGGUGGAGGGAAACCACGUCGUCUACAGGAUAUCAGCACCCACACCAGAGGAGAAGGAGGAAUGGAUCAAAUCCAUUAAAGCGAGCAUCAGCCGGGACCCCUUCUACGACAUGCUGGCCACCAGGAAGAGACGAAUCGCCAACAAGAAGUGAAGUCUGCAUCCAAACCGCUUCCCCAAAGCUUGCAACACACACUGCCUUUUGGGACAGCUGUCGUGCGAGUGUGUGUUUAAUGGGCCCAACAGUGGAAAAAUAUAUGUUUAUAGUUCCUUUCUUGUGUUUCUAUUCGCACACCUGUCCUGCUCUAUUUGUUUUUUGCAUGGAUGUUGGUAUGUAUACCUGAGCAGCUCACUCGAGAGUCCAGAGGAAGUCGUUUGUGAUCUCUCACUACAGAUGUCCGAUAGAAAGCCGUUUGUUUCAAGGGACUAGACCCAUUCCAACGCCCAGCAACCUGAUCGCACAGGACUAUGAGACAAUAAACUUGUGUGGAUGUUAUCUCUUAUGGUGCUAGAAGACGUCCUGCGUGCACGUGACCACAGCACGAGAAGCUCAAAUCGACAUUAAUGAUCCAAUGCUAACACUAGGUGGCAGUCUGGAGUCAGCUGGACUGAUUUCAUGUUGUUAGAGUAAGAAACAGCAAAUAUAUAACACAUAGAUUUAGUUUCUAACCUUUCUGUUCCUGUCUUAGAUAACACUAUCUAUGAUGUGUUGAUGUAAUUUGAAUGAAUUUGCUUGCUUUUGUGUUCCUAAGACAAGUAUAGUUAAAUAUCUUUUUAUAUUUAUUUUCUUUGUGAAAUGAUUUUAUUCUACUCAUAAUUGGAAAACUAUACAUCUAAGUUAUGUGUAAAUACUGUAAACAGUUGUCUCUUUUUUUGUGUGUAAGUACAAUGUUUAGCAUAUAAAUCUACUGGCUUUUUAAUGUUAGGGCUCUUUGCUCAGCAGCCUUAAACUAAUGUACUUCUGUCAGGGAAAAACACCUUGUAAUUCUGGAAAAUGAAGUUGUUUUUUUAAUCCAGUAGCAAUUUAUAUGUGGUUGUAACAUAACAGCUCUGUCCAAGGGCAGAAUACUAUCUCCAAUGCCCUUUGGGGCUCCAGAUUAAUUUUUAUAUGUUCUGUAUAAGCUAUUGGUCAAACUGUACAUGAAAUAUGAAUACAUAAAACAUUCAUAAAGGUAAA